AUGGGCAGGGGCUCAUCCAAUGUCUACGACGUGAAGACCAAUCCAUCGGGAAUAGUCUCUCUUGGUGUCGCAGAAAACAGAUUGAUGCAUGAAGAAAUAGCAGCUCACAUCAACUCCCACUUGUCCAUCACGAAACGGUCCCUCACAUACGGCGACGGCUCUGUCGGCUCAGACCAACUGCGGCAAAGCAUCGCCAAUUUCAUGAACAACACAGCAUUCCGCCCUAAAAAGCCCCUUGAAUUGAAGCAAGUCACAGUCCUCGCUGGCGUGUCUUCGGUAAUUGACUGCCUUGCUUUCUGCCUCUGCGAAUCCGGCGAGGGAAUCUUACUUGGUCGUCCGACCUACGUGGGAUUCAUUAGCGAUCUUGUGAACCGUGCCGGUGUGAAGCCAGUUCUCGUCGAGUUUGAGCGUCGGUCAAAGGCUAUUCAUCCUACCUCACUGGAAGCUGUCAAGUGCUAUGAAGAUGCCUUGAUUCAAUCCAUUCAAAACGGGACGCCUGUGAGAGCACUUCUGUUGUGUCAUCCGCAUAACCCUUUUGGAGUGUGCUAUGAGCCUCAUGUACUUGAAGCCUACCUCAAGCUAUGUGCAAAGUACAAGAUACACUUGAUCAGUGAUGAGGUGUAUGCCAAUUCCAUCUUUGCCAGCACAGACUUUCCCACUCCUCCAAAGUUCACUUCUGUCCUCGCUUUCGACAUUGAGAAAUACAUUGACCCGUCUUUGGUUCAUUGUCUGUAUGGAAUGAGCAAGGAUUUCUGCUCCAAUGGCAUUAGGCUUGGGGCUUUUGUUUCUCAAUCGAAUCCCGACUUGCAUGCUGCGAUGCGUGCGAUAUCAAAAUUUGCUUGGCCCUCAUCUUUGGCCGACACAGCAUGGUGUGACAUCUUGAAGGAUGAAAACUUCCUGAGCACCUAUUUCCAUACACUCACGAAACGGUUAUCCACCGCUUACGAGCAUUGCAUAUCACUUUUGAAGCAACACGGUAUACCAUAUGUACCGGCCCACGCUGGACCGUUUAUUUGGAUCGACUUAUCCAACUAUCUCUCUUCUCCUACAGUGGAAGCAGAGCGCGAGCUGGCGUGGAGAAUGAUUGACAACAAGGUCUGGAUAGCUACUGGAGAAGCGUAUCGCUCGGAGCGGCCGGGGUGGUUCCGGAUUACUUUUGCUGUUGACGAGGCGGAGUUUGAACUUGGAGUUCAGAGGUCAGUAGUAUGGUGGUGCUUGUGA